CCGGUGUGUACGCGCCUUUUUUUGUUCCGAUAACAACUACUUUCUGUGAGUUACUACAGCCAACAAAUGUGUAUAGACUAUUGAGUGGUUGUUAAUGCCAAGAUUCACCUGCAUCACUGGAGAAGCUCUCUUGACCUGUGAAAAGCUGUAAUUUAGACUAGGGGAAGCGAUGGCAGGUGUUGACUUGGGUCUGUCUGAAAACUCAGAUGAGGAGGAAGAGGAAGUAAUGACCCCAGCAGAGCUCAUCGAGAGACUGGAAGAGGCUUGGUUGAAUGAAAAGUUUGCUCCUGAUCUGCUGGAGAACAAAUCAGAAAUUGUAGAAUGUGUCAUGGAACAACUGAAUCACAUGGAAGAUAAUCUUCGUCGAGCAAAAGCAGGAGACUUCAAGGCCACCAUUCACAGGAUGGAAAUUGAAAGAAUCCGCUACGUACUUAGCAGCUACCUACGUUCCAGACUACAGAAGAUUGAGAAGUAUUUCCCCCAUAUCCUUGAAAAAGAGAAAUCCCGUUUAGAAGGAGAGCCAUCCUGUUUGACUCCUGAGGAAUUUGCAUUUGCCAAAGAGUACAUGGCUAACACGGAGACCUACUUGAAGAAUGUUGCAUUAAAACAUAUGCCACCUAACCUUCAGACCGUAGAUUUCCUUAAAUCUGUGCCAAAACCUAACCUAGAUUCCUUUGUCUUUCUGAGAGCAAAGGAGCGACAAGAGAAUAUCCUGGUGGAACCAGAAACAGAUGAGCAAAGAGAUUAUACAGUAGACCUGGAAGUGGAUUCCCAACAUUUGAUAAGGUACAGGACAAUCGCCCCCUUGGUGGCUAGCGGAGCAGUGCGUCUCAUCUGAACAGUGGUGAUGGUGCUGUUGGGACACGUGUAGCACAUUCAACAUCCACAUUGUGAGAUGAUGCUGAAAAACCACGCACAGCCUAUGGAUAUUAAAGAAUUGUUGCUACAUAAACUGCAGGCUGGAAUUCUUCUAGCAGAUGAUCAUGCUUUGGUCCAUCUUGAAAAUGAGUGCUAACCCAGAAGUCAGAGAACUUUUUAUGAGUGAAGAAAGAGGAUUGUUUCCUGUGAUGAAUUUACAGAGCGACUUAAUUUCCUUAUGAAUAAUGGGUACCUUCAUCACUUCAGUUUAGGAGUGUGGGAGACAGGAAAAUGUACACAGAAAGUACAAAUAAAUUUCUUGGAUCUGG